AUGAUGCGACCAUCCCAAUUUCAAUCGCCUGCUUCUUCUAACUAUGAUCGGCUUACCUUGAACGCCAAUCCACGAGUGCGCCGGGCCUCCAAUGCUUUUGGCUUGGAUUAUGAAGCACCUCAACAAACCCCGCCGAACCUUCGAAAUACAAACUUCCAGAUGAUGGGCAACCACAAUUUCAGCGGAGAGCAAGAGCCGAACUAUUGCGAGGUGUUAGAAGACUCACCUCACAGCACCCCAACUAUCUCGCAAGGCCCAGGUGCACAAGCAGGCCGAAAUGAUAUGGACUUUGUCGAUGUAGACAGAGUGUCCGAGACGAUUUCCAGGAUCGGAGAAACUUUUGGUCUAAGUACAGCAGAUAAGUUAGAGGUCCAAAAGAUAUACGAGCAACCAAACAACUUUGCACGUGAGGUAGCAAAGGUGUGUUUUUUCCGAUCUCAGCUCGCGAGACUUGAAGACACAAUAUUAGAAAGAAACAUGACAUCGACCACUACUGGACCCCAAGCAAUUCCACCUGAUCAUCGAGAGGCCAAGUGGCAAGGAACCAAUAGUGUCCGACUUUUCAUCCGCAAUAAAAUCAAAGAUGCCCUCCUAAGUAGUUCCAUACAAGCAUAUGCAUCCAACUUUACCACCACCAAUGAUCCGAUUCUUGAUUCUCUUGAGAACCACAUUGUGGAGAUUAUCAAGAAAGAGGUGACCAAGGUCCCAAAUUAUAACCUCCCUGAAGGAUUUCGAGAAGAAGAUCCAUCUGCCGACACCGCUGUGCGAAAGGUCAUUAAGGAAAUCGCCAAGUCGGAGCGCUGUAGAUUUCGAGAACAUCUUCUGAACAACAUCAUUAACCCACCUAUGAAUUCCAAGGUUAUGAAGAUUUUCGACUUAUUAUAUGACCUCGUCCUGAAAAGACCUCGGAAUUACAAGAAAACCCCCACAGACGUCUGGACCAACACCUCGGUUCCAGACAAAGCUAGGAUCACGCUUUUGCGGCUUGAAGCAACCCUUCACGUUCUUCAACCAAAGGACGCUACGCAACCUCUUAAAGGCCCCUCUAAACAGAAAUCGGAACGAUCCAUGUGGGAGAAAGUCGACGAGCGUCUUACCUGGAUCCGGGGACUUAGUCCUGACCACCAAAAGUUGUUUUACCACUGGAUCGUCCAAUACGACGCGAAGAUUUUCACCGGGGCAGAGACUUUCCAACAAAUUAAAGAGCGUGUGCGAGGACACAUACAUAUACUCAAUCCCGAAGAAUUCGCCAAAUGGAUCAUAGAAGGAUGUAAUUGA